AUGAAGACCUUGACAGCAUUCGCAGUCUUCGCUGCAAGUGCUACUGCGCAAAUUAUCGAAAGCUCAAGCUUUGGUUACGGAAAGACGUAUGGAGCUACCAAAGUCACUAAUACUGGUGUCAACUUCGUGGCUAACUUUGUGACCAUAGGAUCUCCCCAAGCCGAGACUCAAUUCCUGGGCGGAAGCAUUCGCGGGUUCCUGAACGAUGGAACAACAGACUUCAAGUCCCACCGUAGCGUGGACAGCCUUGCUUUCGGACACUGUGAUUACCCCUACCGAAACCUGGGCCGGCCCUCUGUGGUAAAGGUGAAGCACACCAACUCAGUGUUCCAGGUCAGUGUGGACGACAACAUCUGUUUCACAACUAGCAAGGUUGCGCUCCCUGCGGGAAACACUUUCGGAAUUAGUGCAGCUACGCCCGAGAACCCAGAUUCAUUCGAAGUCUUCAAGUUUGUGCUCGAGUCCGCUGCUGGUCAAGGCCAGACUUUGCCACCACCGACUCAAGAAAAUGCUGCCCAGCACCCAAUCUUUAACCAGCGCCCGGCCCCCGUCCCCCAGGGUAACACGGACAAAAGCUUUGAGUCCUAUUUCCAAAACCUGAACAACCAAAUUCAACUCCAGAAUAAGGCUACUAGCACCAUUAUCCAGGACUUGAAGGCACAAGCUGCCAAGGCCGAAGAACGGUCAUCUGAAAUCCUGCGUACUUCCCGCGACCUGAUCCAGGGCCUGGAAAGCCGCCUCCAGCGUAUGGAGCAGACCCUGCAAACGGUCCAGCGUGAUCUCGAGAGCAAGGACUACAGCACCCGCUUUAACCAACUCCACGACACCCUGCGGUCCUCGCACCUCAGCUUGUCAGAAAGUCUCCAAGGAUCUCUCCUGAGUGCCAUCACUGCUUCGACUCCACGCAUGGGCUUCUUCCUUUUCUUAGUCAUUGCCUUCCAGGUCGUGCUCGCGGCUUCCUACGUCAUCUACAAGCGUCGCCGUGCCAACAUGCCCAAGAAGUUCCUUUGA